CCAAUUACCACGCACCUCAAUUCAUCUUCUUUCAAAAGUUAUUCUCAACCUCCAUCGUACAGAAACGCCAACCAGCACCCCACAAAGUUCCACUCAAACACGCAUCAACAGCAACAAUGUCCAACCACCAACAAUCCGCCAUCAUCUGGCCCGAAAAGUACCUCCCAGGCACAACAGACAACUACACCAGCAACGAAACCAUCGCCCCCGGCCUAACCGCAGCCCAAAUCUGGGCAAAGCUAAACGACAUCACGCAAUGGUCAACAUACUACGGCCACAACGUGGAGCAAAUCACGCCCCCCUCCUCCGGCCCGCACCUGAAGAAAGGCGACGUGUUCAAAUUCUCGACGUUCGGCUUCCCGGUGCUCGAGUGCCCCGUGAUGGAAAGCAUGCCCCCGGAGAAAGGGCAGGCGGGCCGGCUGGCGUGGAGUGCGAAGUUGGAGGGGAGCGAGGAGGAGGCGGCGGAUGUGUAUCAUGCUUGGCUCGUGGAGGAUUUGCCAGGGGGCCGGGUGAGGAUUUUGACGCAGGAGAGUCAGAUUGGGAAGCCUUGUGCGGCGUUGGCGGAGGCGCGGCCGAAUAAGAUGUUGCUUGGGCAUCAGGAUUGGCUGGAUGGGUUGGUUGCUGCGGCGCGGGGGCAGAAGUUGAAGGAGACGAACUUGGGGAGUGUGGAGAAGAAGUAGAUGGGGGGAGAUGAGGAUGUAUG